AUGGAUAUCUGCUUAAAAAGCUUGUUGCUUACGGCUCACACAGGCGGCUUUGAACCUUCAGGGCUGCUGGCAUGGCUGGAGGAGUGGGUGGCGCAGGAGGAGGGGAGACGUAGAGGCCCCGCUGUGCAGAUGAAGGCCCUGAGAGGAGGUCAGCGAUCUGUCCAGAACCGCACAGUGAGCAGCAUGGCAGAAAUGUGGAUUCCCAAUGUCAUUCUCAAGCCCACCCUCCUCCCAGCCACCUCACUGAAAGAACUCUCUUGGCCUAGACCAAACCCCACGACCCAAGUGGGGCAGGAGCCGGGCCCCAAGGAGGCGGUGGUGAGGCCACGAACAGAUGACCAUGGAGCCAGGCUCCGAAUAAAAAUGAAGCAGGCUGGGGGGCGAUGGGACCUCCAGGCCAUCCACAGUUUGCAGCCUCUGGUGGAGGUGGACAGUAUAACUGCCCACUGCACUCCGGGGGUGCCGGGGGUGCCUGCCACACCUGGGGCCUCCCUCCUUCCACUGUGGCUCCUCAUGUGGCAGCUGCUCCCGGCAGAUGGGCAGACAGACCGGGAGUCUUUUAACUUCCUAACUUUCCGGGCUUCACUUAUCCGGCCAACUCCAUCAGUCCUUCCCCUCGCGGCCUUCGGGGCAGAACGGGGCCCGGGCGGGGCGGCGUCUCCCAGCCGCCGGGCAGGCCCACCGGCUCUCGGGCGGGACCGGGACGCGCGCCGUCCGGAGGGUCGCGGCGCCGCAGGGGCCCCAGGGGCAAGUCCCCUCCGUCGCGGCGGCCCGGCGCCCCUGAGCUCGGACACCCCGCGGCGACCCGGCCGCCCCGGCCCCGGGCCCCCGCGCCCCGUCUUCCCCCGGAGCUCCGGGUCCCCGGCUCCUCGUCCCCGCGGCCCACAGAACGGCUCCCGGGCGCCGCCCCCGCGCGUCCGCGCCCAGAGGACGGCCCCGAGGCCCCGACCGCGCGCUCCCCGGGCGCAGGGCCGUCCUAGCGGGCGCGGGGAGCCACGCUUCAGGCGACUCGAAACCAGGAGGAUUGAGGACUGCUUCGAAAGGCGGCUGAAGACGAAAGCCUCCAAAGCCUCGGGCGGCCGGCCGCCACGGCGGCGUCAUCCGCAGGAGGGGAAACUGAGGCACAGCGGGCCGGCCUUUGUGGGCGCACCGAGGACACGCCCCCAAGCCGGAGCGCAGCGCCCGCCGCCCCGCGCCCCCUCGGCGGCCACAUGACGACGCCCGUCCAUCACGCGCGGGAGGCGGGACGCUGCCCCGCCACUCUCGCAGCCGUCCAAUAGGAAGCGGGGAGCAGGCAGGGAGGCGGCCCCGCGAGCCCCUCCCACGUUGGCGCCCCGCGCGGGGCGGGCCCAGCCGCCGCCCUCCAGUGGGGUCCCGGAUCGCCUGGCUCUGCUGAGGCGAAAGGGCAAGGCGCUCGUCAGUCAGGCGGCGCGGCCAAUGGGCUCGCGCGUUGCCCUCGCGCCCGCCCCCGCCUCGGCCUCCCGGCGCCCGCGCCGCUUUCCCUCAGGCCGCCGCGGCCCGCCCGCCCGCGCCUCCAUCUGGGUCCUCGCGCGCGGCUCUCGGGCGGCGGCGGACGGCGGCGGCGGGCGCGAGGACCCGGCUGUCCCCGCGGAAGACGACGGCGGGCGGCAGCCUUCUCCGCGAGCCUGAGGAUGCCUGCCACAGCAUGGCUUGACAAGCAGUGCCAUGUCUGCACCCGGGAUCCGAACCGGUGAACCCCGGACCGCGAGAAGCCGAGCGUGCACACUUCACCGCCGCACCACCGGGCCCACGCCUCACUUAAUAUUUUUAAUAGCCUGAGAAGCUUUUAUUUAGACAGUGAAGGAUCUUCUCCAUCCCAGAGUAUUAAUUGCCAAUGCUUUUUCCACGUCUAGAUGAGAGUAGAAGAAUCUGGAUCCCCAGUAGUGAGUUGUCAGCAUUGCCUUCUGUGACGUCAGGAUUAGAGUAAAGGAGGCCUGGUCACUGUGUGUGCUUUGCCUGUGCAGGUGUUCUAAGCAUUGCACAAUCACUUGAGUGGACUUCAUGAAAUACCAGAUAAAAUUGAGAGUCGUUCUUUUUUGAUACUAAGUCUUUGGAAUCUAGAGUGUAUUUUAUGGUUCGAGCACACCUCACUUUGGGCUAGUUGCAUUUCCAGUGCUCAAUAGUGACGUGGUUAAUGGCUACCAAGUGGAUAGUGCAAUUGGAGUGAAUUGUCUAGCUGCUUUUCAAAAAUUAGAUUUCUCCAGCUGAGUAUUUGCAGUUUCACAUUAACAGCCACAAGUGUUCCCUGUCUGUCCAUAGCCUUAUCUCAAAUGUGAGGAAAUUGUAUCAGGUGAUUCCUCAGGCUGUUUCUGGAUCUAAGAUUUAGGUAUUCUGAGGCAACUGACAACUACACUUUUGUUAAGUAUUACUUUUUGCUUCUCUAGGAAUAUUUUAAGAGAGUUUAGAUCAUCUGUUUUAAAAUGACAGUAACAGUACGAUUUGGAGGCAUUUUGUUGUUUGUUAAGUAGUUAUCCUUUGCUCUGUCAUGAAGUUACACUAUCUGUUCACUUGAGAAUCCCUUCUCUCCCCUAUUUUUAAUUUGGUUAAUUACAUGAUUGCCUACUGCAUAAGAGAGAACAUUUGUCUUAGUGAAUUCACUCUUAAUACAGUGUAGACUGAAUUUUCUGCUAGGGAUAUAGUUAAUUGUAGGAAACUGGAAUUUAGAUUAAAUAAAUAGAACCUACUUUUUCUUGGCUUUGGGGGAUGUGUAGAUUAUACAGUAGGUUUUCAACCUGAGAAAAUAUCAGUAUAAUGAAGAAUAGGAAGGCCGAGAAUUUUAAAGGAUUGAGAAGUAAUGGUGUAUAUCUAAUGACCAUUAAGCAGAACAGGUCACUGAAGUGGAAUACUCUGCCUUACCAUAAUAUUUGCGUGCAUUAUGGGGUUUGUAGCAGAAUUUACUUUUCUUAUGUAUACGGAGGGAGCACACAAUGCACCUGUAGCACAGAAGUUGGCCCCAGGUUAGCAGUUUACAUUGGAAGGUUUAGGAAGGAAUACUGGGCAUUGACUUGGCACUAGCUACCUUUUAAAAAAAUCUCAGUUUAGAUAAUUUGAUCCAGUCGAGAGCGUGCUGCACACCUGCUGGGUGUCUUAAGAAUGAAUCAAUCACGGAGUUGGUCGUUUGGAAAACAUCAUCUAGUACUUACCUGUGUUUUAGGGCAAUGUUGGUGGAAUAAGAAAUCAAGAUCUUACAUUUGAUUUAGGUUAACUUUGAUUAGUGAAAGUCUAAAAACUGGGCCUUGUCAAUUUCACAUGUCAACUUACAUUGAUGGGGUGAUCCACUGCUAAAAAUAUUCCAUACGCUCUGUCAAAAGAAGCAAAAUACUGUUAGAGAGUUUGCUUAGUAGUGAUGUUUUAAUAUUCAGUCAGCAUCAUCAGAUAAAUAAUUUCAUUGAUGUUCAACUGAGUAUUUGAGAUUGAAGGACAUCUAUUAAGUGGCCAAUGUUCUAAUUUUGAUUUGUAUUUGUCAGCGAGUGAAACUGAAUGAUGAGACUGAAGAAAAUAUUUUAUUUGUAAGGAAGUUUGGCAAAAGUGAAAUUUAUACAACCAUAAGAUGGCAUAUGAAUAAAGGUGUUUAAAAAUAAAACUUGGCUGAGCUACUUUGUUUAUAGGAGUAUGUCAAUUAAUGUAAAAGGUAGGAAAUUUGACUUCUGGCAAAACAACGUUUUCACUCAGAAGUGAAAAUCAGCCUCUUAAUAGGUAUUAAGUAUAUAAAAGGUAGAGUAUGCCUCCUUCUGGACUAAGUUAGUUUAGCAUAUUUUAAGAAUUUAGAAGCUAGUUUAAAAUACUAUCUUAGUAAAAUUGAUAAAUGCAAAGGUGAAAUUUAUAUAUUCUACUUCGUUAAUAUGUAGCCUUCACAGUGUAUAUUCAAAUGUGUUUUUAGGACUAUGACACUUAACCACCUUUUGGUCAUAGACUUCUUUGCAAGAGUGAUAAAAACUAUGGACUAGU